AUGUCUUCUACACUUCCACCUUCUGCCAGUUCUUCAUCUUUAUACAAUAUUGGAUUAGUCACUGGAACAUUUGGAAAUAGUGUAAUAUAUGAAAAUUUUACAUUACAAGGAACAACCAAUAACAAGUUCCAUUCUCCUGUUUGUAGUCAGUGGCAUCGUAAAUAUCCACUAUUGGCUAUUUCUAAGGCUAAUGGUGUAGUUUCAGUGUAUGACGAUCACGGAGAAAAAAACGAAAGAGUUAAUUUAUCUAGAUCAUCUAAUUGUACAGCUAUCGGGUGGCAUCCUACAAAAUUUAUUCUUUGUACAGGUUGGAAAGAUGGUGCCAUUCUUUUAUACAAUGAUAAAGACCCUCAUAAUCAAAAGGAAAUUGAAUUGGAAGAACAUGGUAAAAUUUGUGCUAUUAAAUGGUCUCCUGAUGGUGAGAGAUUAAUAACUGCUCAUCAAGAUGGUAAUAUUGGUAUUUGGAAAUUUGAAGGAGGAAAACUCAAACACAUUUUGAACUAUGAAAAUCCUGGAAAUGUUGUGGAAACACCAGAACAAAUUGUAUUUAAAACUAAUAGAGAUCCAUCAACAGAAUUGUCUUGGAUUUUCUUUGUUGGUGUUUCUACAGGACAAGGUUCUAAAAUUGUUGUAGGUGUUGCCGAUGAUUUGGCAGAAAAUUUACAAAAAUCACAAAAUGGUACUGUUAGAUAUGAAUCACUUAAUGAUACUGGUAUUCAAUUUAAUGGAUCUCAAAUUAUGAGUGUAUUAUUCCAUAGAGAAAAAUCUCAAUUAGUUUUAUUGACAGAUACAGCUUUAUUAGUUGUUUAUAAAAUCAAUGCUUCGAUUAGUAAGCCUAAUGAAAUUGGAAUGAAACAAGUAAUGAGAACUAAAAUUAGUAUUUCUAAUAGUACAGGUGCAACAAUUAAAACAUUAUGGGUUGGAUCAGGUGUUAUUGCAACCAUUACAAGUAAUGAGAGUAUGGUAAGAGUUUGGAAUUUAGAAACAGAUGAAAAUACAACACUCAUGUUGAACUCUCCUCUAGAACAUGAAGUUGUCAUUUCAUUUUCAUUCAAUCCUCAAAAGAGAGCCAUUGUUGCUGGUACAAGUACAGGUAGAUUAGUAUUUUGGGUUUUUACUGGUAAUCAAAAGACAAGAGAUCAAUGGGAAAAGUAUGGAGAAUAUUCUUUACCAAGUAGAGCUUCUGUUAAUAUGGUUAGUUGGGGAUGUGGUGAAAAGGUUUUAUGUUAUGGUAGUGGAGAGAAUAAUGAUAUUGAAAUUUUACAAGAAACAAGUUUCAAGAAGAGAAUGAAGAAUAAUACCAUUGCCAUUCAAAAUUCUUUAAACACAGUAGUAAUUGGAAAACCAAACUUUGCACCAGGAGAAGAUAAAAUUCCACCAAGAACAAUCAAAACAGGUAUUAAUAUUAGAGAUUUUGAUCAUACAGAUACUCAUAUCAUUGUUUCAAAUAAUAGCGUUUUAGAAUUAUUUGAAACUAGAGGUACAGAAUUAAUUAGAAAAGCAGAAGCAUUUGAAAUUCCAUCAAUUUGUGUUGGUUUACACUCUGAAAGUAUCUUUGUUCCAACUAAUGGAUCAGUUAAUUCUAAUCCAAGAAUUGAAGUAUACAGUUUCAAAGGUAUUAAGAAACAAACUUUACAAUUAAGUGAAGAAGAAGGAGUUCCAAUUUGUAUUGAUGUCCAAAGUGAUUUUAUUACAAUUGCAACAAAUACUAAUCAUGUUAGAAUGUGGCAUGUUUUGGGAAGAGAAGCAAAACCAGUUUCAGUUUCAAAGAGAGUUUUUGAUAAUAAUGAAUCAGAUUCAUCUGAAAAGACUUAUAUUUCAAGUGUAAAAUGUAAUUGUAAUGGUACAAUGUUAGCUUUACUUGGUAAAUUGAAGAAUGAAGGUGAAAUGGAUUUACUUACACCAAGUACAAAAUUAUACGUUUAUGAUUUUGAACAUGACAAGUUACAAAAGUUUGAUUUUGAAACAAAAUUCAAAGGAGGAACACCAACAUCUGUUUAUUGGGAUUUAACUGAACCAAAUCUUUUAUCAGUUGAAUUGAAGAAUUCAGAAAGUGAAUCCUAUGUUUGUACAAUGUUUGCAACACAAGAACAUGGAACCUUAUUCCAAGAUUAUUUCAAAAUUGAUAAGACUUCACAAUCACUUGUUGGACAAUGUGUUCCAAAUUUAUUCUUUGUAAAGAAUAAUUUUAAUAGUGAUGAUAUUUUUGAAAAGAGACCAAUGAAAGAUUUUGAAGGAAUUGAAGAAGAACAAUUAUCUUCAAAAACAAAGAAGGCUCUUUUAAAUUUUAGUUUUUAUUUAAAUAUUGGUUCAAUGGAAGAAGCAUACAAAUCAGUUAAACAAAUUGAAUCAAAAUCAUCAAUUUGGUAUAACAUGGCCAAGAUGUGUGUCAAGACUAGAAAGAUGGAAAUUUCUGAAAUUUGUCUUGGUAAUAUGAAGAAUGCACUUGCAGCUAGAGCUUUAAGAAAAAUUAAAGAAAGUGAACCCAAUGAACCUCUUUCUUGGAUUGCAACACUUGCAAUUCAAUUAGGAAUGGUUGAUGAAGCUGAAAAAUUAUAUAAUGAAUGUGAAAGAUUUGAUUUAUUGAAUGAAAUGUAUCAAUCAAUUGGUAAUUGGGAAAAGGCAUUAGAAAUUGCCAAAACCAAAGAUCGUAUUCAUUUGAAAACAACCUAUUACAAAUAUGCAAGAUUUUUAGAACAAGAAAUUGGAGAUUUGAAAGGAGCAGAAAGACAAUAUGAAUUAUCAAAUACUCACAAAUAUGAAGUACCUAGAAUGUAUUAUAGUGCAGGAGAUUUACAAAGUUUACAAAAUUAUAUUUUAUCAAGACCUGAUGAUAAAGAUUUAAACAAAUGGUGGGCACAAUAUUGUGAAGGUAAUACAGAUUAUGAAGAAGCAUUGAAAUUUUAUGUUCAAGCCAAUGAUUUCCUUUCUCAAGUUAGAAUGUAUUGUUUUAUUGGUAAUUUAAAGAUGGCAGCAGAUAUUGUAAAGAAAUCACAAGAAAAAUCAGCAGCUUAUUAUUUUGCUAAACAACUUGAAAAUGAGAAGGAUAAUAAGAAACUAUUAGAACAUGCAAUCAAAUAUUACAAAUUUGCUGGAUGUUUUAAUGAAGCAGUUAGAGUUUCAAAAGUAUUAGGAAAUGAUAAUGAAGCAUUGAAUUUAGCUUUACAAUCUGCUAAUGAAAAAUUAAUGAUUGAAGUUGCACAAUAUUUUGAAUCAUCAGGUCAAACAGACAAAUCAGUUUUAUUAUAUCAAAAAGGUGGUAAUUUAUCAAGAGCAAUUGAUUUAUGUUUUAAAUAUCAAUUAUUUGAAACAUUAUCAACAAUUGCAGAUAAUAUAUUUAAUGAUAAAUCUGAAAGUAAGGUAGAUGAUGAUCCAGAAGUAUUUAUGAAAUGUGGUCAAUUCUUUAUUGAACAUCAACAAUAUGAAAGAGCUGUUCAAAUGUAUAUAAGAGCUAAAGAAUAUGAAUUGGCACUUGAAUUAUGUGUUACUAGAAAUGUUAAAUUAACAGAAGAAAUGGCAGAUCAAAUGUCUCCACCUUCAACAGAUGAAAAUUUAACUGAGGAAAAGAUUGUUCUAUUAAGAAAAAUUGCCAAAGUUGCAUCAAUGCAAAAUAAUUAUUCAGUUGCAACAAAGAAAUAUGUUCAAGCAGGUGAUAAAUCUAAAGCUAUGAAAAUACUUAUCAAAUCAGGUGAUACUGAAAAGAUUAUGUUAUUUGCAGUUUUAUCAAGACAAAAACAAUUAUAUAUUCAAGCUGCUAACUAUUUACAAAGUUUAGAUUGGCAUAAUGAACCUGAAAUUAUCAAAUCAAUUAUUUCAUUCUAUACAAAAGCUAAAGCAUGGAAACAUUUAUCAGUUUUCUUUGAAUUAUGUUCACAAGUUGAAAUUGAUGAAUAUAGAGAUUAUGAAAAAGCAUUGGAUGCAUUACGUGAAUCUUCUAAAUAUUUAUCUAAGGAAAUUAAAUUAAAAACAAGUGAAAGUAAUGAAUUAAGAUUGAAACAAUUGAAUCAAAAGAUUUUAUAUAUUGAAAAAUUCAUUUUAGGUAAAUCCUUAAUGAAUUCAAAGAAUAAUGAAACACAAUUUGUAUCAAUAUGUAGAGAAUUAAUUAAUGGUGUUAAUAAUUUAGAUCCAAAUGAUGAUCCUGUUAUUGAAGUUGAUGAUGCUUUAAGAGUUGGAGAUGUUUUUGCUAUUUUAAUUGAAUAUUAUUUACAAACAUUACAAGAUACUUCAGAAGCUUACAAAUUAAUAUUAGAAAUGAAACAAAAAGAAAUUACAUUGAAUUACUUUUUGGAUGAUGAAAUGAUUAAGAGUAUUUGUAAAUCUGUUGGUGUUGAUUAUAAUGAAGUUAUGCCACCUGAAGAUAAUCAUUCAACUAGAACAGGUGAUGAUGAUAUUCAAGAAGAAAUUGAUGAAGAUUAA